UCCACCGGAUGGUACCUCAAGGUACCUUUAGGUUCCAGACGACUUAAAUAAGCACAAGUAUAAAUUUGCAAGGUGGUGAGAUAUCGCAGUGUGAUAAGUGUAUUGUGAAUUCAAGUUCAAACCAAUUGCAAUCACACGGGCGGAUUGUCAAGAGGUUUAUACAUUACUAAGCUGGUGUGUUUCGUGAGGAGUUCAUCAACCAUGCCGAGUUUGUCAAAUCCUAGCCACUUAGUGGGAUUGUUGUUAGCAAUUUUGGUUACCGAGGCCGCAGCAAUAAAUAUCAUUCGCGGACCCCAAGAUCAAACGGUCAACCUGGGAGGAACGGUGGUGUUCAGAUGCACAGUCAGCAACAAGGGUAGCUUUAAAGUCUACUGGUUCUUCGACCGAGCCAACCGCUACCUGUCAGCCGAUACCACGUUCUUCGCUGAUGCGAUGGACGCCAGACUUAGCAUCGUGGGGAACCUCGCUUUGGGACAAUUCAACUUGAGGAUUGCCGGGGUGCGAGCAAGCGAUGCUGGGGUGUACCGGUGCGGGUAUGUCCCGGCGGGAACCAACAUGCUGACCUCCAGAGCGGCACGCUUGACGGUGCGACUACCGCCUGAUGAAGGCUUCCCCCGGUGUGAGGUGUCGCCACCGGCCGGUAUGAUCCGGCUCGGACAACGGGCAACUCUGACCUGUACCUCCCAAGGAGGGGUACCACUGGCCUCGCUGACUUGGCUUCGGAACGGCUUCGAGAUCACCCCGGCUGUCCAACGCAGGAACGUCAUCGAGAGGACUUUCGAUGAAGCUCUAAACGGGGUCCGCUUCACCUGUCGAGCCACAAGCCCGGCUAUAAUGGGAGAUCGCAUCUGUUCUCUCGUACCCCUUAGCAUCAACCCAACAGCCCGGGUGGAGCCGCCUCAGCUUAUCGCAAGACCGGGCGACACGGUUGUGUUUGAAUGUGUAACAGGAGGACCAUCCCCAAUUGUCGAGAUCAGCUGGACAUUUGGUGGCAUUUUUGUACCCCCAUUGCAAGAGCCGAACCGAUUUGAGCUGUCCAUGGAUCGCCUAAAUUUGACGAUCCGCGAUGUCCAGUUAGCAGACGACGAGACUUCAGUGCAGUGCACAGUCGCGAUAGCACAAGGAUUGUCAGCCACCGCUGGGGCGUUACUCAGGGUUGUGCUGCCUCCAACUGACCUCACCACCUUGAUACCCACCACCGUGACACCUUUCACCACUCUCACCCCUGACGUGAACCAGACUCAACCUCUCCCUACUCCACAGUACAGAGAUGGUCUGGGAACCGGCUCUAUCAUUGGCAUCAUCAUCGGCGGCAUUGCAGCCACCCAACUCAUCAUCAUCGUUAUUGUCUUCAUAUCUCACAGACUGUCUUCAGAUUCGAAGCGUCCUAACGGAACCAUAUCCGCGCGUGGUGACUCCAUGGUCCCCUCCCUAGCUGGUUGGACGGGACAACAAGUAAGCCACACCCCUUAUGAAGGUCUGGACGCGUCUGGUAGGUCUGCCAGCGUCAUACGUUAUCUGACUCUCCACCCCCUCAGAGUCCCGCCCACCCGCUACUCAACCACCGAUGUUGGCGUCUAUGAAGAAGCAGGCGACCUUAACACCAAUACGAUCUUGUACGAGUCCGGAUACGUACCUCCGCUCACGUACACAGGGAACAUCCGUGACUCUAUGGAUAUAGACCACGACGUAUACCAGCCGGCUUUGCGAUCCAGUGCGGCCAAUCCGGACGUCUACGAACAGCCCAGAGCCAGCGUCAAUCUCACGUGCCCUACAACAACAGAUGGCGACUACUACGUGCCGCCGGAAGUGACGCAGCAACUGACCUCAGCCAAUCAGUCAAUUCGCUCGCAAGUCUCCCAAGAUGGCGACUAUUACGAGCCUCCAGAAGUCACAGAACAGCUUGCUUCGUCUCACAACCGAGACCCGUACUACUACGAACCACAACCAGACACAGACAAAACACGCCCUCUGGCGGAUGACGAGGGCGAGGUUUACGAAGUGCCGCCAUCGCAAGUCGCCACGGCCAUCACCGGAGGAAACAACCAACAAACCAACAACGCUGACGACAACGAGUACUACGAACCCCCAGUUGAAGAGACACAACAAUCGUCAACUCCAGUAAUGACUCACGCGACCGAUGCGCAUGUGUACGAUGUUGCGCCUGACGGUGACGAGUACGAGAUUCCCGACGGCUCUGACGCGAAUAGACGAUAACUUGCGAGAUUUUGCAGAAAUAUUUUCCAAUUUCACCCACUUGCUAUAGUAUAUAAUGACUAAAGAUUAACAGGAAACUGAUCAUGUGUCCAGAUUUGUCACUGUCCAGAAGUUGACCGUUUAAGGCAAUCUUUGUUUUCAUCGUGGAAAUAAUUUUGUGAGGGUGGGUUUGGCGAGACAAAUUUCGUGGGAAGCCUUCAGCACAGCAUUGCAUCAUCAUCCCACGCAGAACCACAAUUCGUUCAUUUCAAGCUGUUGUAUGUGUGUUCUUUUCUAUUUAUGUCAGAUUAAAAUAGGUAAAUAUCGUAGCAUCAGAAUUUUGACUUCUUCAGUUUUACCGAAUGAUAGUAGGUCUACUCUCCUAUUUCAGAAUAGAGAUUUGUUUUUACAUGAUUACUCAGUGGAACUAAAGUAGGGACUAUUAAGAGUGAACAAUUAUUGUGGAAGAUUGAAAAAGAAGCACUCAUCCCUUUUUAAUUUUUGGAUUAACCCGCGUAUUUAUUACUAAUUAAAGCUCAGUAAACAAUCCUUUGAUUCACGUGACACGAGACAUGUGACUAUGUCACGUGUAUGGGUGACGUGAGAGAUGGCACCAAGCCAAAAACUGCAAUGCAAAGGCACAUUUUAACUCGAAAUGACACUCAUCAUCGAUAUAGCCUACAUUUUGUUAUCGGAAAUAGAGAUGAUGAGAAUCCGCAGGAUGUUACUAAUCGGUAUUCGAAACGGAAUAAUCGAAAAUGACAGCCAGUCAUGGGUGUUCGGUUAACGUGUCAGUACAUUUAACAGCAAAAAUGUAAUGCUAAGAAUCGAUUCUGUACAAGUAGUGACAAUUGGACAAGCGACAUGCUUUUCAUCAAAGUAUUCGAUACUAGAAUAAUCGAACGAUAACCAAACCAAGGCGUCAGUACUUUUUGUAACAGGAAAUGUGAUAUUAAAGAAUCAGUUCUGUAAAAAGAUCGUAAAAGUAGUGAUGACAAAAAUUGGGGCUGUUUUUAAUCGAAGUAUACGAAGAGAGUAAUCGAAAAUGAUAGCUGAUCACGUGCUAAUAUCGUGCAGCUGGUCCAGAACUGUAACAUGACAUUAAUAAGGAAAUGAGGAUAAAGCAAUUAUCUAAGUGUGACAUAAUUGAUAUUUCGCAUUUUUUUUUACUAGGUUCAUGCACUUUUAAUGUUAAGCCUAUUAUGGAUUAGACUAUUUUUAUGCUCCAGAACAUUCACGACUCCACCCAACAUUGGCUCACAUUGUCACAUUUAUGUAAUGAAAACCCCGGUUUUAAAAAUAGCAGCGAUUAUCAAGAGAUUUGGUGACUUUGUACAAACAUUAAAUAUUUU